AUGGAAGAAAAACACAGUGCAGACAAGGUGCGAAAGAAAGAGCGCCGUCGGAAACCUGACAGCCAACAAGUUCUAGAUAGGCGCCGCGAACAGCUACGCACGGCACAGAAAGCGUAUCGCACGCGAAAAGAGAACACCAUUACCAGCCUGCAGGAUCGUGUCGACGAGCUUGAGGGUGGCAUUGAGCAGCUCAGCCAAUCCUUUCUCACCUUCAGUAAUCUCCUUUUGGAAACUGGUCUGCUUAGGAAACGUUCGCACGUCACCUCAGCCCUCCGCAAAAUAACCCGGCAACAACUUUCGCUUGCUGAGACAGGAUGUGCGAGUCCUCAGGAACGGAAUCUCGUCAACGCUGUUGACGCCACUUCAUGCACUGCUUCUGGCGAGGACGAAAGAGGCAGUGGUAAUCGCGCAAGGGUGUCGUCAAAUGAAAGAGCUCAUAGCGGACUCUCAUCAGCUCCGGUGGAAUGGCCUGAGCUGAUGCCCUUAUACACACAAUCAUCCUUUUAUCAAGGCCAACCGACACCCCCAAUGAGUGUUGCCAUGGCUCCGCUCGCUAAUGAGUCACCCAUUCCGCUAUCAUCAUUAUCAAGUCACCCCCCAGCCAAUGAUCUCGCUAGCUCGAUCGAAGAGCAGUGGACUUUUUCACAAUAUCUAAUAAAAAUGUGCUGUCAGAAUGGGUAUCAUCUCCUUGUCAACACUCCCAACGACUUCGUGAAGAUUCAAGAAGUUUUCGGGCCAUCCAUGCCUCUCGCUGAGCGCAAUAAUUUCAUUUCUUGUUUCCAUGCUGGAAUGCAUGACAAAACUGGAGGCAUCAUUGAUCUCAUGGCCACUGCACUUACCCCGUUGCGUUCCAAGAGAGAAUAUUAUGCAUCGGAAGAACUUGCAACCCAGACUGAGGAGUUGGAAUCGGCUGUUGCAUUUGAGGCCGGCGGAUGGCUAGACGCCAGUGGCGUACAGAAAUUCCUCAGCGAGAGGGGAUUUUGCACCCAGGAAAUUGGCCGCCCAUUGUCUCGCUCAAGCCUUGUUUCGUCGCUUCACGUUGCGGCCCUUGUUCAGUACCUCGCUACUGAAUGCAUUUGCUUCGGACAUGGUCCGGCGUUUCGACGCCAGACUGUUGAGGCUGCAUUGUGCCUCGCAGGAAAACCAUGA